AUGGACCAUUGCGGCUCCGGAGGGGAGCUCCUGGCUGCCAUCGGCGAGCGGUGCCUGGGGCCCGACGAGGAGGCUCACGUGAAGGCGUCUCUGGGGAGCAGCGGCGGCGGCGGCGGCGGCGGCGGCGGCAGCGAGAUGGGCGUGUCCGCCCACUUGCAGUCGUCCAAGGCCGGCACGACCCGGUUCUUCCGCAGCAACACGCACAGCUCGGUGGUGCUGCGGGGCUUCGACCAGCUGCGCGGGGAGGGCUUGCUGUGCGACGUGAGCCUGGUCCCCGGCGACGGCGAUGAAGCCUUCCCCGUGCACCGGGCCAUGAUGGCCUCGGCCAGCGACUACUUCAAGGCCAUGUUCACGGGGGGCAUGAAAGAGCAGGAUCUGAAGUGCAUCAAGCUGCACGGCGUGAACAAGGUGGGCCUGAAGAAGAUCAUCGACUUCAUCUACACGGCCAAGCUGUCGCUGACCAUGGACAACCUGCAGGACACGCUGGAGGCGGCCAGCUUCCUGCAGGUGCUGCCGGCCCUGGACUUCUGCAAGGUCUUCCUCAUCUCGGGCGUGUCCCUGGAGAACUGCGUGGAGGUGGGGCGGCUGGCCAACACCUACAACCUGACGGAGGUGGACAAGUACGUGAACAACUUCAUCCUGCGCAACUUCCCCGCGCUGCUGCACAGCGGCGAGUUCGAGAAGCUGCCCUUCGAGCGGCUGGCCGCGGCGCUGGCCAGCAAUAGCCUCAAGCACUGCGGCGAGCUGGAGCUCUUCAAGGCCGCGUGCCGCUGGCUGCGCCACGAGGAGCCGCGCAUGGAGCUGGCGCCCAAGCUCAUGAAGAACAUCCGCUUCCCGCUCAUGUCGCCGCAGGACCUCAUCAACUACGUGCAGACGGUGGACUUCAUGCGCGCCGACAACACCUGCGUCAACCUGCUGCUGGAGGCCAGCAACUACCAGAUGAUGCCCUACAUGCAGCCCGUCAUGCAGUCGGAGCGCACGGCCAUCCGCUCGGACAGCACGCACCUGGUCACGCUGGGAGGCGUGCUGCGGCAGCAGCUGGUGGUCAGCAAGGAGCUGAGGAUGUACGACGAGAAGGCCAACGAGUGGAAGUCGCUGGCGCCCAUGGACGCCCCUCGCUACCAGCACGGCAUCGCCGUCAUCGGCAACUUCCUCUACGUGGUGGGGGGCCAGAGUAACUACGACACCAAGGGCAAGACGGCCGUGGACACGGUCUUCCGCUUCGACCCGCGCUCCAACAAGUGGAUCCUGGUGGCGCCCCUCAACGAGAAGCGCACCUUCUUCCACCUGAGCGCCCUCAAGGGCCACCUGUACGCCGUGGGGGGCCGCAACGCGGCCGGGGAGCUGGCCACCGUCGAGUGCUACAGCCCCCGCAUGAACGAGUGGAGCUACGUGGCCAAGAUGAGCGAGCCCCACUACGGCCACGCGGGCACCGUCUACGGGGGGCUCAUGUAUAUUUCGGGGGGCAUCACUCAUGACACUUUCCAGAAGGAGCUCAUGUGUUUUGACCCGGACACGGACAAGUGGACUCAGAAGGCUCCCAUGACCACCGUCAGAGGGCUGCACUGCAUGUGUACUGUCGGAGAGAAGCUUUACGUGAUCGGAGGAAACCACUUUAGGGGAACCAGCGAUUAUGAUGAUGUUCUCAGCUGUGAAUACUAUCUGCCGGCCCUGGACCAGUGGACCCCCAUCGCUGCCAUGCUGAGGGGCCAGAGCGAUGUGGGGGUGGCAGUGUUCGAAGAUAAGAUCUAUGUGGUGGGGGGAUACUCUUGGAAUAACCGCUGUAUGGUAGAGAUAGUCCAGAAGUAUGAUCCCGAAAAGGAUGAGUGGCACAAGGUGUUCGACCUGCCCGAGUCACUCGGUGGCAUCCGGGCUUGUACCCUCACCGUUUUUCCUCCCGAGGAAAACACAGGCUCCCCUUCCCGAGAGUCCCCUCUCUCUGCCCCUUAAACCAGUGCUGUGGAUUCACUGCACGUGGCUCCUCUCUGGCUCUGGGGGAGGUUGGGGGGGAGGGUC